CGCCGUGAAGGAGGCCACAGCAGCCCUCAAAGCCGUCAUGGCGGCGGAGAGGGCUGCCUUCGCAGCCGCCGUGGCUGCAGAGAAGGAAGAGGCCUUGAGGCAACUGCGUGCAGUCUUCGCCCAAGGCCUCAGCGCAGUCGUACCUGCGCCUAUCCCAGCGGUUGCCCCAGCAGCACCGCAGGUGAAAGGUGCAAAAGCCAAUAGGGCAGUCUUCAUCGCACAAGCGUCGCCAAGCUGCCGCGCCGAACUUUUAUGUUACAGGGAGUAAGCCACCGCCGCCGGCCCAGGAGACUACAAGCGAGCCCAGCCGCAGCACCGGACUGACCCAGCUAACGACCACGCAGUACAUAGAUUACCUUUAAAGCUACAAAGCAGACGGUUCGCGUAGUUUUGGAAGCCAGCGAAGCCGAGCAACAGCCAAAUCGAGCACCGGCUACUAGGCGCCAGGAUGCUGCGAACCGCGGCGCUGCGCUGCCUCUUCUGGGCGGUGCUGGGCGUCCAAUGGGCGGUGCGCGCCGUCGUCUGGGCGUGGUCGCACGCGCUGGCGCUACUGACUCGGCGUCGACGCCUCCCGCCCCCACAGGACCCGCUGCUGCUGCUGCCCGCGACCACGCUCGCCGCUCGCAUACGCUCCGGGCAGGUGUCGAGUGAGAGCGUGGUGCGGGCGUACGGCGAGCGCGUCAGCGUUGUGCAGCCCAUGCUGAACGCCGUGGUGGAGCACAGGCUGGAGGAGGCGCUGGAGGAGGCGCGCCACGUUGACCAGCUGGUGGCCCGCGGCGACGCCCCGCCAGCACACGAGCAGCCGCUGCUCGGCGUGCCCUUCACCGUCAAGGGCAGUCUCGCCGUCAAGGGGCUGUGCCACGCGUGCGCCAACGUGUCGCGGGCGGGCGUGCGCGCCGAGCAGGACGCGCUGGUGGUGCGGCAGCUGCGCGCCGCGGGCGCCAUCCCGCUGCUAGUGUCCACCACGCCCGAGUACUGCCUCUUCUUCGAGACCUACUCGCAGCUGCACGGCGUCACCAGGAACCCCUACGACACGCGCCGCACGCCCGGCGGCUCCUCUGGCGGAGAGGCGGCCCUGCUGGGCGCUGGAGCGUCGCUGGUGAGUCUGGCCUCUGACGUGGGUGGCUCCGCGCGGCUGCCGGCGCUCUUCUGCGGAGUCUUCGGCCACAAACCGACGGCUGGGGUGGUGUCAGACGAGGGCCACCUGCCGGUGGCGACGGACCCGCGCUGGUCGGACUUCUUCAGCGUGUCGCCCAUGUGCCGCUACGCUGUCGAUCUUCCGGCCGUGCUGCACGCCAUGGCGGGCAAACACGCCCCCAGGCUGCGUCUACUGCAACCGGUGGACGUUAAAACACUGCGCGUUCUCUACAUGGAGGAAAAUGGUAGCAUGACAAGCUCGAGGGUCCAACCUGCACUGAAGGAGGCUAUGCAUAAGGUUAUCCAGACCCUGAAUGAGAGGCAGAAUAUCCGAGCCGAGAAGGUACAAAUCAAGGGCUUCGCACAUUCCCUUGAGCUAACAGGACCGACGAUUGUGAGUGUUAAGGGUCUUCAGCAUCCAAUGGCGCCAAAGUACAGGGACAGUCUCGGAACGACGCUACUUCAUUUCAUGACGGGGCAGUUGCCACACAACGCCUACGUGUUGGCAUAUGAGCUGGGCUACAGGCUGCAGAAGCUGACUCCAGACGACGUGAAGGCGACGCUGAACAAGGCCACCGCAAGUUUCAAGCUCUAUAUGCGUGAGCUGCUGCGAGACGACGGUGUUCUGCUGUACCCCACGUACGUGGCGCCGGCCGGCUACCUGUACAACAUGUACGGCAACAUCGUGAACGGCGUCUACACGGCCAUCUUCAACCUGCUGGGGCUGCCAGCCACGCACUGUCCCACAGGCCUCAGCCGGGAGGGACUGCCUCUAGGAAUACAGGUGAUCGCGGGGCCGGAUCAGGACCGGCUGUGUCUGGCUGUGGCCCAGGAGAUCGAGGCAGCCCUAGGCGGCUGGGUGCCGCCCCCAUAGCGUGCUGGUGUCCGCAGGCUUCUCCCUCCAGUCCUCUGCAAGUCUCAAAUAUACACAUAUGUCUGUGAUGUAAUUGCUACUGUCUCCGCCCUGACCAGUAACUACAUUAAAAAAAAAAACUGUUGGGUUUUGUAUUAUUUAAACCUUCUCACCUUUCCCAUCCCUUAGCAAAUGAUCAACUUGUUACAUAAGCUAGUUACCCUUACCUGCUGUUUCACACAACUAUCUGAAACUAAUACUAUACAAAUUAUUGAAGGUUUUCUGAGGACUAAGGUACACAUAAAUCAAACAUAUAACACACAGAAUGUUUGAAAAAGAUACAUGUGAUUUAUUUAUCUUGUUUUACACGUCUACUUCCACAGAUCCAAAUGGAGAAACAAA